CCCCGGAUGGUCCGUGCCCAGUGUGAUUUUUCGCUUCUGUUUCGGCGUCUUCUGAUUGGACAACAAGGCUGGGUAGGAAUCCACUCACCUUCGAUACCGCGCUUGUCCCUUUUUGGACCAGCAGCAGACAGGUGCCCCGCCACAGCAUUCUCACCCUUCACCUCAUGUAACUAGCUAUAACAUGAAGGCGUGAGUGAGCAUCGUGUAUGAUGUUCUUCGGUACGAGCUUCAAUAUCAUAGCCGUUGAGACCUGCCAACAUCGAUCGUUGUUGUAUGCCAUGUUAUGGAGAAGUCUUUUUUCGCUGAGAGAAAUCCUUGUCCGGGUACGAGGUAUCAUUUCCUAUUUCCAACAUGUUUGCUAAAUGAUUAUGAACCUCAUGUUGACGACAACUCAUGUAAGUCGCCAGACCUCCAUGCUGUCUACUUGAUGUGUUCAUUCUUGUCAUUCUUGUUUGAUGAUCCCAAAAAGGACGCCCUUCACUCGAUAGAAAGACGACAUUUCUCCUUUCUCUUUCUCCGGCCUAUUCUUGGCUUCUUCUCUAUCAUGAAUUAAUUAUAUUACAUUGGAUUAAGUUAUGUCGCACUCAUACAACAUUGUAGAUCCUCUAUCGUCUGAGUAGAAAAUCCAUCACCCGCUCCCU